AUGCAGUCGUCCUUGGGUAGUAGCGGCAGGAUACUGGUGAUCGGUGGGACGGGGAUGAUGGGGCAGCACCUCGUCAAGGCCAGCCUCGCCGCCGGCCACCCCACCGCCGUGCUCGUCCGCCCAGCCAGCAGCAGCGCCGCCGCCGACCCCAGCAAGCUCAAGCUUCUCGAGGCCAUCAAGGCCAGCGGAGCUACCGUCAUCGGAGGCGACAUCUACGACCACGAGAGCCUGGUGGCGGCGUUCAAGCAGGUUGACGUCGUCAUCUCCGCCGUCGGCCACCACGGGCCGCACGACCUAGAAGACGGCCAGCUCAGGAUCGUGGCGGCCAUCAAGGAAGCAGGCAACGUGCGGCGGUUCGUGCCGUCCGAGUACGGGUGCGACGUGGAACAGGCCGCGAGAUCGGCGGCGGUGCUGGAGCCGGCGCGAAGCAUCCUGCUGGCCAAGGUCCGGGUCCGGGACGCCGUCCGAGCCGCCGGGAUCCCGCACACCUUCAUCUGCAGCUACUGGGCGCACGGCUUCGUGCUGCCGCGCCUCGGCGACCCCCACGUCGACGGGCCUCCGGCCACCAAGGCCACCGUGUUCGGCGACGACGCCACGCGCGCCAUCUUCGUGCACGAGGCGGACAUGGCAGCGCUGACGGUGAGGGCCGUGGACGACCCGCGGGCGCUGGACAAGAUCCUCUACGUGCGGCCGGCGGCUAACACCUGCUCGCUCGCCCACCUGGUGCACCUCUGGGGGGACAAGACGGGGAGGGCACUGGACAAGUACUACAUGCCCGAGGAGGAGCUCGUCGCCAGGAUCAGGGACUCGCCGCUGCCGCUCAACUUCCAGCUCGCCAUGGUGCACGCCACCGUCGUCGCCGGGGUCUGCGACCAGACCGUCGACGCCGAGGCUGGCGGCGUCGAGGCCACGGACCUCUACCAGGACGUCAACUUUGUCACCGUCGAUGACUUCCUUGACGGUCUCAAGGAGGGCAUAACGGUCAAUUAA